UGGCUAAUUAGAUGGGCCGGGCUAGCUGGUGUUGGAAUGAACUCUACUCGACUAGCAGCCAAUCCAAGAGAAAGGCUGAAAUUUAAUGUGCUUGCUAGGAUUUUCUUUUGUUGGGUGGAUCCACUCUUCUGGUUGGGAUGUAGAAGGAGUUUAGAAGUAAGUGAUUUGUAUGAAAGACCUUCUGAAGCUGAUUCCAAUGAGCUCUUAGCCAAAUUCAACAAAUAUUGGAAACUAGAGCUGAAACGAAAGAAGUAUGGUGGGUCCCCGAGAAUGCUAUUGAUACUGUUCAAAAUGUUUUGGGGUUAUCAUUUUAAACAAGGGCUGUUCUUGUUUCUUGAGGUAGGUUGUUUUAUUACUAUGUCUGAGAUGAUAGGAUUACUUGCUGACUAUUUCACUCUUUCAUCUCCAUCAAUUGAUGACACACGUGAUGCUUACCUUUAUGCAAUGGGACUGGCUUUAUUGUCUCUUGCUAUUGUCUUUUUUCAUGCUUACAAUUUCCACGCAUCUUAUCUUCUUGGGAUGCUUACAAGAAUUACAAUGACUUCUGCUCUGUACCAAAAGAUACUCUCUCUCAGUCAAUCUACAGUUAGUCAAAAGACUAUUGGUCACAUUGUUAACUUGGUAUCAAAUGAUGUCCACAAGUUUGACUUGCCUUUCCUUUUCUGUCAUUAUUACUGGAUUGGUCCCAUACAUAUAGUAGUAGUUACUUACCUGUUGUAUCUUGAACUCCAGUGGAGUGCAUUUGUGGCUACUGCUCUUGUUCUACUUCAGAUUCCCCUUCAACUGACAAUUGCUUACUUUUCCAGCAAGCUAAGAUUGAAUGCUGCAAAAAUGACAGAUAGAAGAGUGAAGGUCAUGAAUGAAGUCAUCAGUGGAAUCAGAGUCAUUAAGAUGUAUGCAUGGGAAUAUGCUUUUAGUAAUGUAGUGGCAGCUAUUAGGAAGAGUGAAAUAUAUUUGAUUGCUAAGUAUUUUAUGGUUCAAGCUAUCGGUUUGACUUGUGACACUGUCACUGUCUCAUUUAUAAUGUUUUGUCUGUUUACUGUUUAUGUCAAUACUCCUGAUGCACAGAUCACUCCAAGGAAAGUAUUCAUUGCAUUUUCUUUCUUGAGUUUUCUUCGCAUCUCUCUUCUUCAAACAUCUAUAUCAGUGAUACAGCAAGCAGCAGCUGUUGUUGCCGGAAGGAGAAUCAAAAAUUUCCUUUUGCUGGAUGAGUUGGAACAAUUUUUAGACUCUGAUUCAUCCAAUGAAUACAUUGCUCUUGAGUCGUUGUCAUCUCCUAAUGAAGAACAUACUAACAUUGUAAAGGUGCAAGGACUAACUGCUUCUUGGUCACUAGAUAGUGAUAAAUUGACUCUUAAUGACGUAUCAUUUACUGUCAAUAAAGAGAAACCAUUGCUAGCUAUAGUUGGUAGUGUUGGCUGUGGUAAGUCAACCCUUCUUCAGUGUCUAUUGAAAGAGCUACCUGCUUUGAGUGGUACAGUAAUGGUUAAAGGGUCAGUUGGGUAUGCUAGUCAAGAAGCAUGGGUCUUCUCAGCUACACUGAGAGACAAUAUACUCUUUGCCAGGGCAGUCUAUCGUCAAGCUGAUGUUUAUCUUCUUGAUGAUCCUCUGAGUGCAGUAGAUGCUGCAGUCAGUAGACAUCUGUUUGAGAGGUGCAUUAGUGGAAUAUUAUCAGACAAGAUUGUUAUACUAGUAACUCAUCAACUACAAUAUCUUGAGCAGUGUGAUACUGUACUUGGAUUAAAAGAAGGCUGCAUUGCUGUGUAUGGUGAUACUGAUGAGGUUUUGAAAGACAACAGUACAAUCAUGGAGUUACUAGCUGAUAAUGUAGAUAAACCCUCAUAUGACUUUAAUGUUAGAUCAGCAAGUAAAGCUGGACUGGAGGAAAGUCCUUUUGAUAAUAAUGAGAAAGAUCUCGAGAUUGAGUUAAAAGCAAAUCAAUUAAAAGCCGAUACUGCAGCAGCUCAAAAAACGUCCGUCCCUCCUGAAGAAAGAGCUCACGGCACAGUAUCAACUAAGACGUACAUUCGUUAUUUUCUAACUGGAGGAGGGUACCUAUUCACAUUAGUAAUUGUACUUAUUUAUUUAUCAACUGAGGCAAAUUUUGUUACGGCAGAUUGGUGGAUAUCAAAUUGGGCAUAUUGUGAAUCAGACAGUAAUGAUAGCAGCUCUAUAUGUUCACUCACUGAUAAUCAACGUAUUGGAAUAUAUGGGGGACUCAUUGGAUCACUGGCAGUGUUUGCAGGACUCAGAUCAACGCUGUUCUUUUUCUUAAUGUUAAAUUCAGCAAGAAUUGUGCACAACAAAAUGUUUGCUAGAGUACUGAGAGCUCCCAUUCUGUUCUUUGAUACCAACCCAAUUGGUCGAGUUUUGAACCGUUUUUCAAAAGAUGUUGGGUUUCUUGAUGAUGAACUUCCUUUUUAUUUUUCCUUAUAUCUCUUAUUACUGGUCCGUUUCUGUGCCAUCAUGAUAACAGCAUCCAUUGCUAAUCCUCUCGUCCUGAUUGCUGUUGGAGUUGUUUUCAUUGUCUCCAUUUUAUUUCGUUGGUAUUACUUGAAUACUGCACGAGACAUCAAACGGCUUGAAGCUAUGACUCGGAGUCCUGUCUAUUCUCAUCUAUCUCUUACAUUGCAAGGACUCCCUACCAUUAGAUCAUAUUCAAUGCAAACUGAAGCAAUGAAUCUUUUCUACAAGUUUCAAGAUCAACACACUCAAGCCUCCUAUCUUUACAUUGUAACCAACAGAUGGUUUGGAAUGAGACUUGAUGUUCUCAGCACAUUAUUUAUUACAUUUGUAGCUUUUGGAUCAGUUCCUCUAUCAUCCACACUGGAUGCAGGUUUGGUGGGACUGGCACUAACCUAUUCAAUUUCGCUUAAUGGUGCAUUUCAAGGUUGCAUCAGAUCUGGUACUGAAGUUGAGAGUUUUAUGGUUUCAGCUGAGAGAGUGAUGGCUUAUGGUCAACUGGAAACAGAAUCAUCCUUAGAAACUGAUCCUUCAGUAUCACUGAGUUCAGAAUGGCCAACAAAAGGACACAUUGAACUAAAAGAUGUCUCCUAUUGUCAUUCAAAUGAAGGACCACUUGUACUUAAAGGAAUUACAUGUGACAUUAAACCAAGUGAAAAGAUUGGUAUUGUGGGUCGUACUGGAGCUGGUAAGUCAUCUCUCAUUGGGGCAUUGUUCAGACUAGCUGAACCAACUGGUAGUAUUAAAAUUGAUGGAGUUGAACUCAGUCAACUCGGACUCCAUGAUGUUAGGAGUAAUAUAUCAAUCAUUCCACAAGAUCCAGUAUUGUUUGGUGCAUCAGUACGUUACAAUUUAGAUCCAUUUCAAGAAUAUGAUGAUGAUAGAAUAUGGAAGUCAUUAGAACAAGUUCAACUGAAGAAUGUAGUUGAUGGUCUUGAAGGAAAAUUGGAGAGUGAUGUAAGCGAAGGGGGUGCCAACUUUAGUGUGGGACAGAGGCAGCUGUUCUGUCUAGCCAGAGCCCUCCUUCAGAACAACACUAUCAUUAUAUUAGAUGAAGCCACUGCUAAUGUGGAUUUGGAGACUGAUGCCAUUAUUCAGCAAGUGAUACGUAAACAAUUCUCUGGUAGUACUGUCCUAACUAUUGCCCAUAGACUUGAUACUGUCAUGGAUUCUAAUAGGAUCAUGGUAUUGAGAUCAGGUCAACUGGUAGAGUUUGAUGUACCUCAUUUGCUCCUCAGUGACUCAUCCUCAUAUCUCAGUAAACUUGUGCAACAAACUGGAGCAAUCAGUGACACUAAAUUGAGAAAUAUUGCUUUUGAGUCUUACCAUAAGCAUAGCAUUGAAGGACAAUAAUAACUAUUUAUAUUUUUGUAUUUAUUUUAAAUAUAGACCCAUAAAUGUA